ACACAGGUAGGUCUACAUGUUCCUGUUGAUGUAACGUACCCAGAUGUCGGUUUACAUUUAUCAAUUAUCAGAAGGAUUUCCUCAUUCUGCUUGGAAACUUAUCUUGACAUUGAACAGACAUUACAGAGUUUAAAGUCUUGAUUGUCAGGUAAAAUUGGAUAUCGUCAGCCAGGGAGUAACAUAUUUAUCAACAUGACAUGAAGGAAGUUAAUUAAUGUGGCUGUGAAGUCUGAGGCGAGAGCAAAUUAUUGACAAUGUAAAUUAUUAUUCUGAUGGCGGAGAUGGAAAACUGGAAUCAUCACAGUAACAUCAAAGAUCAGUAGGUAGCUUUUGUGUUUUUACGUCACUUACUGUUGAACAUAAACAUAUUUAUCUGGAUGCAACUGUCCAUGGAUGGAACAGUAUAGAUCUAAUAUCAAACACAUCUUUUAUUGAUUUUAUAACAACACAGCGGUGCUUUAGUAACAGACAUCUUCAAAAAACAAAUAAAUAUUCUAUAUUCAUCAAAAUGGCGGCAGCCAAAACACCUAUCCGAAUGAAAGGCGACACAACCUGUAUUCAUCACAAGGGAAGACAGCUGGAAUUAUACUGUGAAAAGUGUCAAGAACUAAUUUGUACAAAAUGCCUUUCCUCUGUACAUAAAGGUCAUAUCAUAUGUGAGCUGAGUGAAAUCAUUCCUCAAAAGAAACAGAACAUCAAAAACUUUAUCGAGAGAACAGAAAAAAAUGACCUGGUACAAAUCAGGAAAUACAUCACCUCUACUGAUACACACUUCAAAGACAACGACAGUACAAUUGAGAAACUCUCACAUCAGUUGAAGAUGCAAACAGAAAAGUUAAAGCAAGACCUUGACAACCUUCUAGCUGAGAAACUCUCUUUUUAUCAGAAAAUGAAAGAGGAUAAUGACAAGCUCAUACAGAAAUACAAACAGAAUAUGGAAUUAUUCGAAGAGAAACUCAAACAACAAAUGCAGGAUUGCAAGACAGUACUUCAGCAGGGCUCUUACUUACAAGUUUAUGAUACACCAUGUGUAAUCAAUUCUCCUACCAGCCUCCCUAUAAAACUUAUCCUGGGUACUGCUAGCUUUACUCCAAACACAAACCCUGAAGGUCACCUAGAACUAGCCAUAGGGAGAAUUACCACCUCAUGUCAAGGUCAAACAUCGAUUGACCUGGAUGGGUCAGUCUCAACGUCAGAUCGUCAGGAAAAACUUUCUUCUACACAACAUGGACGGAAGACAGACACCAAGGUGAUGGAGGAAUGGGAGUCUCCAUGUUACGUAGGUUCGAUAUGUCCUAACACUGAUGACCAGGCAUGGACCAGUUAUUACUACAGUGACACGUUAACUCUCCUAGACAGGAAAGGAGCAGCUAUACAGAAAGUCACCAACGAGGCUGUGAUCAAUAACAUCAGUCUGUCACACAUAACACACAGACUGUGGGUCUGUGAUGCAAAAAAUAACAUCCUGGAGCUGGUAUCGGGAAAACUAACACACAGAUUCAGAACUCAGGAGGAACCCAGGUGUAUAUGUGUUACAGCCAGUAACCAUGUCAUUGUGGGAUUGGUCCAAACACAUCUGUAAAUUUACCACACAAGGUCAGGUUGUGCUCACUACAAUGGCUGUAGGGACUGAGAAACAACUUGUAUGCACACCAUACAGGAUCACAGAGUGUCCUGUCACUCACAAUGUCGCAGUGAUUGAUUUCUGUGAUGAAAGUGAUAGUGGUGAUGGAAACAAAUGUGUUGUUGUUAUGAAUACUGACUUCCAGGAACUGUUUGUAUACAGAGGUGACAUCCCAAGUACGAGUGAACUAUUUUCAUCAUUAGGUUCAGUAUAUGAUAUUAUGAGAAACCUUAUCAUAACUGUCAGGGACAUGUACACGACAUAUAAACAAAAAGGAGAUAACUCAUUUAAACUCUCAGGUGUGGUGUAUGAUAGUGUUGGAAACCUCAUCAUAGGGGACUAUAACAACAACAGAGUCCUACUCCUCAGUGGAGGUGGCAAUUUCCUCAGGAUUAUACACACAGACACACAUUUGACAUGGGCUGUAGGAGUAGACAGGAAGGAUGUCAUGUGGGCAGUGUUUGGAGACUCAUCAGCAGAUAAUGUAAAGCUACUUCAGUACAACAGUGUGUGAUAGCUAUAAUAAAACUACAAUAUCACAACAGAUUGUGAUAGCUAUAAACUACUACAGUACAGCAGUAUGUGAUAGUUAUAAUAAAACUACUAUAGCACAACAGCAUGCGAUAACUAUAAACUAAUACAGUACAACAGUAAGUGAUAACUAUAAACUACUACAGUACAACAGUAUAUGAUAGCUGUAAUAAAACUACAAUACAACAGCAUUUGAUAGCUAUUAUAAAACUACAAUACAACAGUAUAUGAUACCUAUAAUAAAACUACAAUACAACAGCAUGUGAUAGCUAUAAUAAAAUUACAAUACAACAGCAUGUGAUAGCUAUAAUAAAAAUACAAUACAACGGCAUGUGAUAGCUAUAAUAAAGUUACAGUACAGCAGUAUGUGAUAGCUAUAAUAAAAUUACUACAUCUCAGCAGUGUGUGAUAGCUAUAAACUACUACAAUACAACAGUAUGUGAUAGCUAUAAACUACUAUAGUACAGCAGUGUGUGAUAGCUAUAAAUUACUAUAGUACAACAGUAUAUGAUAACUAUAAACUACUACAGUACAGCAGUAUGCGAUAGCUAUAAACUACUAUAGUACAACAGUAUGUGAUAACUGUGAUAAAACUACUACAGUAUUUUACAGCAUUGACUUAAUCAGUCCCUUAUUAUACAAGUCUUUAAUUUCGGCUAUUAUCAUUGUUAUUGUUCUUAUAGUACGGUUAACGUAAUACGUAUCAUUGACGAUAAGAGAUUCUUGAUAAUGUCAAAUUUGUGAGAUGGAAGUACGUUAUUAUUGUGAGAAUUGUAAAUUUUCUUAUUUCUAACGUUUGUUCAUUACGAUUCCUAAUUAAAUGGUUACAUACUA